CUCGUCCAGCGCGUGACAUCCGAGUUCCGUCGGCAGUGUUUGAUGUGAGCGGUGCGGCUGCUCCUGAUCCAGCUCUGUCUCUCGGGUUACUGUGGAAGUUCACCUGCGGGGCCGAUGGAGACCAGACAGCAAGGUUUGAAUCAGUUUUACCCCUCUGCUGAGGAGUCGAUCCAUAGGAGCUCAUAUGGGGACGACUCCGCUCCAUUGGUCCAAAAUGGGGAAAACCUGACAGAGUGGGGUGAAAUGUCUCCACCUGGGUCAGAUCAGUGGGGUCGCACAGCAGGGUCCCCCUACGACAGCUGGGUCAUGUCCACUACUUGGGAUAUGCAGCAGGACAGCUCAGAGAGUGGACACUUCACUGCAGGCUUCCUAGACUCUCAGCCUCUGAGAGAGGCUGAUGAAGACUUGGUGUCAGAGGUCAACCUGAACAACACCCUCCUGACGGAGGAGGAGCGAGAGGAGAUUCAGCAGGAGCUGGCUAAACUGGAAGAGGAGAUCAGCACGCUGAGGCAGGUCUUGUUGUCCAAAGAGAAGCAGCACGCAGACCUCAAGCAGAAGCUGGGCAUCACUCCUCUGAGCGAGUUCAAAAACAACUUCAGCAGAGGCUGGCAUGACAUGCAGACCUCUACUGCCUACAAGAAGACAUCGGAGACACUGUCCACAGCAGGACAGAAGACCACUGCAGCCUUCAGUAACUUCGGCACCGCCAUCACCAGGAAGUUUGGAGACAUGAGAUCCAACUCCAUAGGUUACUCUGUCAGACACUCUAUGAGCAUGCCCACCAUGAGAAACUCUCCCAGCUUCAAAUCUUUUGAGGAGAAAGUUGAGACUACAGUUUCUACUAUCAAGACCAAGGUUGGUGGUCCGGGUAGCGGAGGCAGCUUUGAGGAAGUCCUCUCAUCUACAGCAAACGCCAGCUCUGAGGAUACACUCCCCAACAACAUGAUGGACAACUCUGAGAGGCCGUGUUGAAGCAGAAACUCUAUAUCUGCCAGAUCGGAGCACUUUUCUUUGCAUCUCCUCAAAAGCUCUGACUCAAAUGGCACACAACACUUUCAUUUGACAGGUCUAGACGGUAAAUAUCUUAAGUUACAUGACUGGUGAAAUUCUCUCCAAUAUCACAAAAUUAGAGCAAAACAAUUUGUUUGUUCCGCUUUUAUUUUGAAAGCUCAAGACCGCUGAUGUCAAAAGCACACAGGGCUUCCUGGGAUCUCCAAAGACGACUAAUAAAUGCAGAGAACAUCUCAUGUUUUUCUAUAUCAAGUGUUUUGAGGCUCUUAGUAGAUUCUUCACCCACAAACACAAAUGCCAUCUCUGUUCCAGAGGUUUCUAAACUACAUUAUAAAACCAAUUGAAGAGGUGCAGCCAGCAGCUAAGUCUUUAUUGACCCAAAAGAAGGAUAUUGAGCAGGCAGACAGACAACUUAAACCCUGCAUAUGUGGGCUGUAUUUUUGUGUGUUUGGGCUUGUGUCAUCAGGAGAGAAAAACCUCCAUCACAGCUGGAUUCCUCAAAAAAAGUGGAAAAAAAAAAAAGAAACCCGUUUUUGCUAUGUAGAACCAGUAACAAAAAAGUUGGGUCACUUUGUAAUAUGGAUAAAACAGAAUGUGAAUCAUCUCAAAAACCCAUAGAACGUAGGAAACAUUCACAAAUAUUUAAACUGAGGAAAUGUACCAGCUUCAGAAAAAGUCAUAUUGAAUUUGAUGGUAGAAAUCGAGCUCAGAUAAGUGUUUACUUUUUUCUUUCUUUCACCAUUAGUGUAUAUACUGUACAUCUGGGAACUGAGGAGAGGAACUUAGUCCCAUCUUUGUCUGAUAUAUGGAUCAAGUUGCUCCAAAAGGCUGGUUCUUCUGCAUUGUUUGUUCCUUGAUGCAACAAACUCCUCGGCAUCGAAGCCACGCUUCCUCGUACCAAAACUGAACGCUGAUUAACAGCCAGAUGGUUCCUCUCCUCGUUAGUCCAGAGGAAGCUGCAUCCAUCGUUUCCAGAACAAAUUUCAAUUCGACCACUUUCUUACGGCCCAUUUUAAAUGAGCUAAUAGGCUAAAAGAAGAUGUUUUCCAGAAGUGUUACAGAUUUACGAUGGCCAUCUAAGUCAAAGAUCACCAUCAAUACUGAUUUAUGGUCUCAUCCCUGCACACAAGAGAUUUCUCCAGAUUCUCUGAAUCUUUUGAUGAUUUUAAGAUAUUUGGUCUUUGCAAUGCAGAAAUUACAUUAUUCUAACUGUUUAAGAAUUUUUAAACACAGUUCUCCAUAAAUCGGUGAAGCUCAGCUCAUCUUUGAUUCUGAGAUGCUUUUUUUGAAAGAUCCUCUUCCGGGUUUUUCUCCUAACUUUUCCAGCCUUUUGUUUCUCAUCACCACAACUUUUCUGAGAUGUUCUUCUGCCAAUCAUUUUGAAAAUAUGUUUUUCUGUGCUCUGCUCUGAAUAAAAUACUGGUUUAUGAGAGAUGCAAAUCAUUACAUUCUGAAUUAAUUUACAUUUCACAGUGUCCUAACUUUUAGAAAAUUCAAGUUCAGGUGGAAACAUUGAACUCGGUUGACGUUCAACAUCGGAUCAGUCUGAAGGUAUCGACACCGUUACUUUUUAUACCAAAACUGUAAUAAACUUCAAUAUGAGACGUGUCUGAUUGAAAAAUUCAAUUUUCAGUUUAGUUUUUAACUCUUAAAGUUGUAGAGAGCAGAUGCGGUUUACCCACACACAUGGGUGAAGCAUGUACAGAUCUUCUGUUUGUAAAUGUCAAACUAGUAUUUUGAAAUCAGUUUAUUUUACUUGACGUUUCCUGCUGCUGAGUCGCGCUCAUAGUUUGCCCCAACGUACGACGAGCUGCGCUACAGGAAACGUGAAAACAUCUUAUAUUAACAUUUAUCAUCUAGAAAACAAUUACUGACUCUUUUUUUGUUUCAUUUUCUUUAAUGCUACAUAAACUGCACGGAAUAACUUUUGUUCAACGAUGAAAAGAUUAAAAUCUCCAUUAUA